AACUGUUUGGUAAACUUAUUCGGCGCUCGUUCUAACGAUGGAGGUUUUAGGUGAUAUUAGUAACUUUUGUCGCUUUUGCCUCACCCAGGACUACGAAUCUUUAAUGCCACUAUCCAGCGCCAUCGAAAGCCUCUCUUUUUCGUUGCAAGAUAUACAGGAAACGACCGGUAUUUCGUUUCUUAAGAAUGAAAUCGCAUACCUUACAGUCUGCUCAAAAUGCAGCACCCGCAUUAAACUCGCGGUGGAUUUUCGUCGGUCCUGCAUAAAGGAAAACAUUAAAUUUUUGCAACUUUUCGGUCAUAUCAUUGACAAGCUUCGCUCAUCCGAUAUUACGGAAGAGAAUUUGCAGAACGCGGAUGGAUACGUAAAGGACGACCCGUUGGAGAUCGAAAUAGCUACACCAAACGAACCGACCAAUGAAAACACCUAUAAAUCACACGAUGAUCCGAUAUUACCUUUGGAAGAAUUUAUAGAACCGUUUGAUAAACGAACAACUAACGGACAGGAAAAUUGUGAUGAUGGAAACCGUAGUUCCGAGGAUCUUCCACGUUUAUCCACCGAUACGAUGAAAUCUACAAAGAAAGCCACGAAUACAAAAGUAGCUGCUACCACAUUAAAUCGCAGAAAGAUGAAAUCAAAAGAACAGUUUGGGAGCAGCGAAGGAGACAAAUCAGGAAAACGCCAAAAACUCUUGUGCGGUAUUUGCGGUGCCAUGGUGUACAAUAUAAUUGAACAUACACGAUCUCAUACCAAGGAAAAUCUUCUCAAAUGUCCCCAUUGCCCCGUGCAGAUGGUUAAUAACGCCAACCUGGCGAGGCAUGUGCAUACAGUUCACGAGAAAACAGUAAUCAAAUCUUGUGAACCUUGCGGCAAGGGUUUUAUUACCUUGGACUCCUACAAAACACAUAUGCGAACGUACCACAAUAUCGGUGCGCAAUACCAGUGUGAAAUAUGUCUCAAAAUAUUCAAACAUCCUUCGAAUCGCCGGGAGCAUAUCAGCCGAGUUCAUAUCGCCGAAUGGAAGCAUGAAUGCCAGAUAUGCCAGAAAAAGUUCAAACACAAAAAUGCGCUGAGAGAACAUGGAAGGGUACACUCUUCCAACACUCCCUACGCCUGUAGCCACUGCCCAAAACGGUUCAAGUCUGCUUCUACGAAAAGAAAACACGAAAUUACACACAGCGCCAUCCAAUUCUCUUGUACAAUCUGCAACAAAGUUUACCGGUACAAAACCUUACUCAGCAUGCAUUAUCGGAAAUGCCACCCAGCGGAGGAUGGCGAAUAAAUCUGGCACAGUGCCCCAAAAUGGAGACCACUGAUAUUGUGACGAAUGAUAUAAAACACUAGAACUACCUUGAAUACACAAGAUCAAGGUCCCAGAGAUUCAAUGUCCACGUUCCGCAUCAAAUGAAAUCGAUAGUGCUGUGAAGCUGCUAAAC